AUGCCACCUUCCGUCCAAGACGGCCGAGUCAUCAAGAAUAAAUCGUCAUCGCGGCAGUCCUCAGCGCGACGGCCGAGUCAAUCUAACCAGGAAAAUAAACAACAGCAAAAAACCCAACCCCUCCCCCUAAUCGAACGCACCAAUGCCCUCCCAAUCGAGCAAUUCAGAUCAACAUACGCACCAACGAUCUCUGAAACGUUCAAUUUAAAAGUCCAUCCAGACAAAAGCAAGGAUGACCAAAUCAAAGAAAUGGACUACAUGUUAGACCUCUACACCGCAAAGACCAUCCCCUCCGCGGACUUUGAGGCCUGCUUUGGUCUCAUCGAGUUGACUUCUUCAAAUGCUUACGAUGGGUCUCGUGUGGGUUGGUCUCCAUUGAAGAAGAGGAAGGAGAUGAAGUUGCCUGAUAUGAAGUAUUUAAUUGCGCGUCGCGGGUCUAGACAAAGGAACGAGAAAGAUGAAUCUGGAUCUGCUGAGGAGGGGAUUCUAGGAUUCCUUUCUUUUAUGGUUACAUAUGAGGAUGGGAAAGAGGUUAUCUAUUGCUAUGAGAUUCACCUGUCGCCAGAAGCACAGGGUCUUGGUCUAGGGAGACAGUUGAUGCUGACGUGCGAGGAUACCGGGCGGCGGGUUGGUUUGGAGAAGACCAUGCUGACUGUCUUCAAGUCGAAUACGAAGGCAGUGCGCUUCUACGAGCGUUGCGGAUUUGGAGUGGAUGAAUACUCUCCGCAACCGCGGAGGCUGCGGAAUGGUACGGUGAAGGAACCGGAUUAUUUGAUCUUGUCCAAGAUGUUGGACAAUAAUGGUCAUUCCUAG